AUGGAACACCGCCAGUACAGUCCCAGCAGAGCCAAGCGACCCCGGGUUGCUGAAGAAAACCGCAAAAGGGCUGUGCGAGCAUGCGAUGGAUGUCGCAGAGUCAAGGAGAAAUGCGAAGGCGGAGUUCCGUGUCGGAGAUGCACUCGCUAUCAUCGCCAGUGUGUCUUUAACACGCCGCCCGACCAAAAUGACAAAUUGAACCGCCUCCAUAAUCGAGCUGGUAGCUUCAGUCGUGAUGACGACGCAGAAGCUGAGCGCGUCCGUUACAUGGAGCGUAUACUAUCAUAUUACAUGCCUAACACAACAUUUGAUAUUCCGUCGCUGCGUAAAGCUGCUGAAGAUUUGCAGAAGCGCCAUCGCGGACUGUCGGAGUCUGAUGGGCCUCCGACCCAGGUAGAGGCCGAUGAUUUGGAUGAUCUGGCCAUCGACGAAGAGGACUUUAGUAUCCGUGCUUUUCCGGAUAAUACUACUCAAUACUCUGGAGAAUUUUCAUAUUUGAACUUUUCUAUGAAAAUCAGACGAAAGAUCGACGAGUGGAUGCAAACUGCCGCGCCAGAGGACAACUCGGAGGCGGUUCCCUUCGAGGAGCGGUGGCGAGGGACUCAGCUGCAAUCAGGCUCAUCGCUCGUUUCCGCGGCCAUUACAUGUCUACCGCCUCGUUAUGUUGCUGAUUUCCUCGUCAGUGCGGCAUUCAAAUAUGCCAAAACAAACAACUUUUAUAUCGAAGAAGACUGGCUGCGCGACAAGCUGGCUAUCUGUUACAACAACCCGAGCAGUCUAACGUCGGUGGAUGCCGCGUCAGUUUGCGCCAUCCUGAUGAUCUUGGCCAUAGGAACACAAUUUGCUCACAUGGAAUCUCCAACCCCUGUCAAUAAGAUAACUAGAGAAGGAUCAGCAAAUGACGACCAUCGGUUUUCUGAAGACGAGGUCGGCUUGACUUUUUAUCAUUUUGCAUCUAAACUCCUCCCGGAUAUCAUUGCCACCGCAUCUGUCAGAAGUGUCCAAGCGUGUCUGUUGAUUGGUACAUAUUUGCUGCCACUUGAUACCUCGGGCCUCUCAUAUACCUAUUUUGGGCUAGCUAUAAAAAUGGCCAUCCAAAAUGGCAUGCAUAGGAAAUACGCAGCCGAAGGACUGGACACCCAUAUGCAGGAAGUCCGGAACCGUGUAUUCUGGACUGCCUUUACUAUUGAGAAACGAAUCAGCAUUUUGCAUGGCAGACCGGCUUCUAUCAUUGAUUCCGACGUCGACGCAGAUUUACCAGUUGAUAUACCAAGUCUGGUUUCUUCUUCUGCUCCAAACAACUAUACAAAUAUGGUGGCCCUUAUAACCUUGACUUUGAAACUCGGAGAAUUUGUGUCUGAAAUAUCGUCACUACGAAGAUGUCGAAAAUGGCAGCAACCGGAAUGUCUCGAAAAGCUUCUUACGCUACGCCGACACCUAAUCGAAUGGUGGUCCAGUCUUCCAGAGGAAACAUCUUGCCGUGAUCUCAACCCAAGCGGCCCCCUGUUUCGCCCUAACGUACAUUUGAAGUUGGAUUACUGCCUGGCUAGGAUAUUUAUUGGAAGACCGUUCCUCUUCAGCAAUGUCAAGGGUAUUAAUUUCGCCCCAUCCCAGCAAAAGUCGUCAGCAAGUCGAUCAAUAAGAACGAUCUUAGUAAGCGACUGUGUGGAAGCGGCCCUUGAAAUUGUUGAUUUGUGUCGACUGUUACGAGACGAAACUGGGCUCGCUCGAGCAUCGUACACUGAAUUUAGCUCUUGCCGAGCCGCCCUUCUCGUAAUCCUUGCCCAAAGCUUAACCAAACGCACCGAGCGACUGGGGAAUGCUUUAUCUCAAGGAAUGGGCCUCAUUAAGAUCAUGUCUAUGGGUGUCGGCUCCGCCAAGUCUGCUGUUAGCGUCAUUGAGGCACUAGAGCGCGCUAUCCGUCGUCUAGAGGACUGGAGUCAGUCCCAAGCACAAAGUCGCCAAGAAGCUCUCGACUCAGGCUAUGAACGAUUCAAAAAUUGGGAAAUGCUGUGGAAGACGGGACCCUUAUCCCCAACAACAGGAAAUGGAACACCCACCAGCGUCAUUAACCAAAAUAACAUCGCAUCCCAACUUCCUCUACCCAACAACCCUUUCUCAUCCUCUACCGCAAAUUUCCCUCCUGGAAACAGUGAUAUAACCACCCGCUCACAACUUCCCAAUAACCACCAGCUCAUUAGCCAAAACAUAAAAAUGGAUGGAACCAGCGACAGCAGCCCCAAUAAUGCUGGAACACCGCUCCCCCACCACCAAUUUGAUAUUGCACACUCACCCAACACCGCGGGGCUGCCACAAACACCGCAUUUUGGUUUUGAAGGUUUUGUUUCAAAUUUCCCACAAGAAUUGGAUGAAUUUACUGCUAUCCCAUGUUUCGAUGCUGAGGUUAUUGGACCAGGUGCAGGAACAAGUAUCAAUUUGGAUAGUACAUUGAAUGGACCCCAUGGAUCUGGCGAUGGGUGGGUGUUAUGA